AUCUAAUCUUAUUUUAUGUUUCGUUUCGUGACUCUCAAUUUUCCGGCGCUCUUUGUUUUAACUUUAAAAUUGUCUCCCCUGUUCAACACAACAAUCCGUGACGUACUUCCUUUUAGCCCGAAAACUGGAAAGAUGGGUAUUGAUAUCUGUCAUAAAAAUGACAGGAAGGUCCGCCGGACCGAGCCGAGAAGCCAAGAUAUUUACCUGCGACUGCUGGUAAAAUUGUACCGCUUCUUGGCAAGAAGAACCAACUCAAACUUCAACAAAGUUGUUUUGAAGAGGCUUUUCAUGAGCAGGACUAACAGGCCACCACUGUCCAUUUCCAAGCUGGCUCGUAUGAUGAAGAAGGAUGGCCGUGAAAACAAGAUUGCUGUGAUUGUCGGUGCUAUUACCGAUGACAUCCGCAUUCACAAUUUGCCCAAGUUGAAGGUGUGUGCUCUGCGCAUCACUGAAAGAGCAAGAGGCCGCAUCUUGAAGGCUGGUGGAGAGAUCAUUACCUUUGACCAGCUUGCUCUCCGUGCUCCCAAGGGACAGAACACUGUGUUGGUCCAGGGAGGUCGUAAGGCCCGCAAAGCAUACAGGCACUUUGGAUUGGCUCCUGGUGUGCCUCACAGCCACACUGCACCAAUUGUGCGCUCCAAGGGCCGCAAGUUUGAGCGUGCUCGUGGUCGCAGGAAGAGCAGAGGAUACAAGGCAUAAGGCAAUUACAACAAUUUGCCAGCUCACAAUAUCGUUUUAUCUGAUAGUUCUGUAAUAAAACGGUUGAUGACAGUCAAUAA